GCAUGUUUCAGCAGUAACUCUGUCCUGAUCACAGUCUGGAGACUGAACCUUGUUACUCUGUCCUGAUCACAGCCUCCUGGAGUGUCCUGAUCACAGCCUCCUGGAGUGUUCUGAUCACAGUCUGGUGACUGAGCCUUGUUACUAUGUCCUGAUCACAGUCUCCUGGAGUGUCCUGAUCACAGUCUGGAGACUGAGCUCUGUUACUUUGUCCUGAUCACAGCCUGGAGACUGAGCCUUGUUAUACUGUUCUGAUCACAGCCUCUUGGAGUAUCCUGAUCACAGCUGGAGACUGAGUCCUGCUACACUGUCCUUAUCACAGCCUGGUGACAGUCCCUGCUGCACUGUUCUUAUCACAGCUUGAGGGCUGAUCCCUGGACUAUCCAGUUAGGUUAUGGCAGAGUUCUAACCUCUAGAAUGGAACUAGGUUGGGAAAGAGGAACUUGAGGUAUGUACUAAUCUCACUACCAGACAUUUCUGAGUCCAUUCAGAUCCCAUUGACUGCAGCCAGUGUUUAUUGUGCAUGGCUAAUAGUUCACAGUUAUUGUUUAUUAUAAGUGAUUGGAUGAAGUACUACCAUUUAACCUAUUGAGAGCAAAAUCAGCACAAAACAAUGUUUUGAUCAAAAUCUCUCUCUCUGUUACUGAAAGGAUUAAACCGAUGGUUCAUUGUAAUAAUGGGCUAUAAUAGAAAGUAAAUGUUAAAUCACAGCCUAUUCAUAAUGGGCCUAUAGCACAUGUGUAGGAAGUACAUAGCAGGUGUUAAUAGAAAGGCUGCACAUUACAUCUCAUUGUUGAACACUUGUGUUGGGGAUGGGAGGGGGGUUAAUCAAUCAUAUUUUCCUGGACACAAAUUAUAAAGAGUUCUGCCCUGUCUGAUGUAGAAUUCAUAUGUUGCAAAAAAGAAUCAACCAAUGGAACUGAAUUCAAAGGAAUUCACUUGUGUAAUUACUCAUUGUCUCUCUUGUAGCUAAUGAAACAUGAUUUAUUAAUUUCUGUGCCCAAUAAGGACUUUCUAUACAUGUUAAUAUACAUAUAUAUAAAUUCAAUAACAAAAUAAACAACUGUAUCUAUUAAUAGAAUGUUUAAACAUAACAUUUGCUAUAUAGGUUUAGUUGCUCCAAACAAAUUACUAUAAUGUUUCAGAAAAACAUAAAUGUAACCUACACAGGCAAAACUAAAAAUCCUACGGGACUGACAAAGGGGACAUCGGAUUUUAGCUCAAAGUAGUAAACAUUCUUCAAUUCACCUAUUCUUUCAGCUUUUGAAUUUUGCACUAAAAAUUGAAAUUCUUAAAUUCCAACAAUUCGUGGUCUAGUGAAUAACUCCAAAAUAGAGCUGAUUUGAAUAUUUUAAAUACAGUUUUAAAUGGUUAUUCACUGAAGUGGGAAUUUAAGGUGAAUUCCAAGUGAAUUUCAAAUUCAAGGUAAAAUAGCCAGACUGGCUACUUUGGCCUCAAAUUUGAAAUUAGAAUUUUCACUCUAGUGAAUAAUCCUUUAGUGAAUAACAGUUUAAUAAUUUGAAAAAAUAGAAAUGCUCUUCUAUGGACUGAUUGAAUGUGCGCGCGUCUCUUGCCGCACAUGCGCAUUCAGCGCUGACGUCAAAAGAGGGAGGAGAUUUCCCCAGCGUAGAAGGAGCCUGGCGCUGGAGAAAGGUUAGAGAUUAACCCCUUCAGCCCCCUAGAGCCCGGCGGGAGGGGGACCCUGAGGGUGGGGGGGGGACCUAAAGACCCUAUAGUGCCAGGAAAACAAGUUUGUUUUCCUGGCACUAUAGUGGUCCUUUAAGUUAUGUCAUAAAGAUAGUUUUAAUUACUGUGUACAACAGUUACAUAUACAGACUGCAUGUCUUUCCAUUUCUCUUUUAAUACCUACAUACUUAUCUGCUGGUAUCGAUCAGAGCUUCAUGGUUCAUUAUUAAACUUAUUGAGUCUAUACAAUGAAGAAACAAUGUAUAGAUUAGUGUAAAAAAACUAUCAUGUUUAGCUUCCUUUUAUCAUCAAUUUUUAAAAACCAUGGCUCAUAUCAUUUUUGUAGACUAUUUUAGCAUUUUAUGUCACUCAUAAAACAUUACACAUACAUACUUACAUACAUGUUGUAAGAUAAAAAAAAGGAUAGAAUCUGAUUUUACCUUGAAUACAAGUAUAUUUUUUAUCUGAAAUAUUAGAGCAUACAAUUUGUAUUCUUUUUAAAGUGAUAUUCCCAAUGUAGUGGUCUUGCUGUUUGGAUGUUGUCCCAUAUCUCUUACAAUGUAAAAUUGUUUACAUUUGACAGAGAUCCCUCCUCUGGUGGCUGUAUGAGAGACAUUUUACAUUCAGUGUCAUCACGCAGUAAGAUAACGCUGGUGGGUAAUGUUUCUCUUUGAAGCAUCGGGUUGGCAUAACGCAGCAAUUUACCCCCAAGUCUACACUGCUUUUCUCUGACUGGACCUGUGAUCAAAUGGGCGAUUCGUCUCAAAAUGCAUAUAUAUAAAAUACAAAAAGUCCUUGCACACUUGCUAAAAAUUAUUCAAAAUGAUUUGUUUGCAAAUCACCAAUUUUAUCUCCCAUUCUCUGUUUGUACACUGAUCAGCCACAACAUUAAAACUACUGACAGGUGUAGUGAAUAACAUUGAUUAUAUCUUUGCAAUGGCUCCAGUCAAGGCAGCAAGUGAGCAGUCGGUUCUUGAACUUCAUGUGUUUGUUGGAAGCAGGAAAAAUGGGCAAGUGAAAAGUUCUGAGUGACUUUAACAGGGCCAACACACAAUGAAAGAAGGUUGCCUGGUCUGACUAAUCACAUUUUCUUUUAGACCAGGUGGAUGGCCAGGUACGUACGGGUUGUUUACCUGGGGAAGUGAAAAGUUCUGAGUGACUUUAACAGGGCCAACACACAAUGAAAGAAGGUUGCCUGGUCUGACCAAUCACAUUUUCUUUUAGACCAGGUGGAUGGCCAGGUACGUACGGGUUGUUUACCUGGGGAAGUGAAAAGUUCUGAGUGACUUUAAUAGGGCCAAAGGGCCAAGCAGUGAUGGUUAGACGACUGAGUCAGAUCAUCUCCAAAAGGCAAGCCUUGUGGGGUGAUCAUGCUAUGCAGUGUUCAAUACCUACCAAACUUGGUGCAAGGUAUGGGCCGAUCACACAGAAGAGCUACUGUAGCUCAAAUUGCUGAAAACUUAAUGCUGACCAUUAUGGAAAGGUGUUGGAACACACAGUGCACCGCAGUUUGCUGUGUAUGGGGCUGCGUAGCUGCAGUCAGAGUGCCCAUGUGACCAUCAGACUAAACCAUGGAGUAAUGUGACGAAUCACAUUUUCUUUUAGACCAGGUGGAUGGCCAGGUACGUACGCGUUGUUUACCUGGGGAAGAGAUGGAUGCAGGAUGCACUAUGGGAAAAAGCAGGCUGGCAGAGGCAGUGUUAUACUCUGGAUAAUUUUCUGCUGGGAAUCCUUGAGUCCUGGCAUUAAUGUGGAUGCUACUUUGACAGAUAACAAGGACCAGACUCACCCACUGGAAAAUUGGUAAAUUUUUAUGGUGGACCCCUGAAGUUCGGGCCGGAUGGGGGUUGCAGCUGAUUUUUCUUCUAAAUUUGCUGGGAAUAUGAGUACGCCAUGAGGGAACGGCGUAGUAGGCUGGACGGGAAGACAGGCUGUCUCCCUUUUGGAUAAACAGCCCUGCUGCAGGGGGACAGGACUGACUGUCCCUACACCCUGUAGCUUGGGCGCAGAGACCACAGUCCCAUCUGCGCUGAUGGGGGGCUUAGUGUCUCCCCUUGGUGGGCUAUGCUGCCGCUGGGGAGGGGGAACGAGACUCUCCCCUCCUGGUAGAAUACUCUGCCGCUGGGGAGCAGGACCGACUGUCCGUACUCCCUGUAACUUGGGCGCAGAGACCACGGUCCCAUCUGCGCUGGUGGGGGCUUAGUGUCUCCCCUUGGUGAGCUACACUGCCGCUGGGAAGAGGGGGUAACAAGCUCCUCUCCCUUACACAUUUUCAGCCGCUGGGGAGAGGGGGUAACAGGCUCCUCUCCCUGACACUCUCUCUGCUGGUGGAGAGGGGGACCGACUGUCUCCCCUUUCAAUAUAUUGUCCUGCUGCUGGGAAGCGAGACUGACUGUCUCAUCUGUCCCAUCUGGGAGAAUAAGGUCGACCCUUUGUGAAAUACGCUGCCGCUGGGGAGGAAGGACGGCACCUUCGGCUCCCUGUGAUACAUACUGCCGCUGGGGAGGAAGGACAGCACCUUCAGCUCCUUGUGAUACAUACUGCCGCUGGGGAUCUGGGCCGACCGCCCAGCAUCUCUGUAGGGCUGGUAGAGAGACCGCCAUCCCAUCUCCAUCUGCCAUCUGUGGGUCUUCCCAGGACCAGUCUGUGAGGUCCCUCAACAUUUGCGAGUAAGGACCACCUACUUCCGCACCUGGCAACUCCGGCUGCUGCUGGGGAUCUGGGCCGGCUGCCCAGCAUCCCGGUGGGCCCGGUGGAGAGACCUCAGUCCCAUCUCCACCUGCCUGUUGUGGUUCCUCACAGGACCAGUCUAUGAGGACCCCUACUUCGGGUUCCUGCGGCCGCCUCAGGGGGAGACGGCUAGCCUCCUCGGAUGCAGCCUCUACUCGGUUGCUGUAACACUCCUUCCGCUGAGCAUACUCUUUCUCUUUCGCCAGCCGGAAUUCUCGGGCCAGCCUUGUGUUUCGCUCGGCCGUGACCUGGUUCCAGAUCACCCGGCGUAUCUCCAUGGGUACAUCAUCCCCAUACUGGGCCACUCGCUGCCUCACCUCGGCCAGCCAAUCAUCUUCAGAGCCAGAGCCUUCCAUACCUUCCAUACCUGUCUGCUCCCAGUUGCUGGAUACCUCUGCUCCCAGGGGCGCUGCACGAGUGCUAGCGUUGCCCUCAAUUUGUAACUCCACGAACGGUGUCUCUGAGCUGCUUUACCUCGCACUAGGACGCCAUCCCACCGCUGCCACCAAUGUAACGGAUCACCUGGCACCCCGACUGGAUACCUCCGUUGAAGGAUGCUCCUAGCGCUUCCUGAGGACUCCAAGCACUGCAGCAGACACCACAACCACCGAACUGGAGAAGCAUAGAAUGCUCUCAAGCAUAUGAAUGCUGUAAGCAGCUGAACAGGAAAAGCAUACAAUCAGCUUACACUCCUGGCAAUCAGCAUGCAAUCCAAUUCCCCCAAUAACGAGACGACACUUCGUUUUGAGGUCAAGCAGAACUGGCUGUCCUGGCACAUACAGCCUCCUUUAUUCCCAAUCCACAAAUUUAGUACUGCCCACAGUGUUUUACAGAACAACCAAUCAAUCUGUACAAUACACACAGACACUCCCACACAAAAUCCUCCCCUCUGCCUGUGAUAUGAUUACGGAACACAAUGGUUAAUCUAAUUAUCACAGGCAGAGAAAUACAGUAUCAUAAAACACAUCAUAGGGACCCCAAAACAUGCAAUAACCCCAUAACCUUGGAACCGGGGGAUCUGGGUGAACCACAUAUCCAAAAUUCACCCAGAUCCGUUCAGUACUUUGGAAGAUACAGUUUAAUGCAGAUUCCACAGAACAUAUGCAGGCUAGAUGAAAAACAAUUACUGUAUAAUGUGUCCCCUGUUGUAUAGUCCAAAACCACUGCACGAUGUCUCUGUGCACCAAAUACCGGCGAGAUGGCACCGUGUUGAAAAGUCCAAACAGUGUCUGUGAGUUAAAAUGGCCGCCAUCCAUUGUUCUUACCAUGUGCUUCAUCCAUUGUUCUCACCAUGUGCCUCUGAUACAUGAAAUGGUGGCCACCCAGUAACUCCACAGUAUGUGUCCAGAUGGUUCUUAAAGGGCCAGCAUUAGCAUAAUAAAAUACAAUAUGCCCAAAUACUGUAUUUAAAGGGCCAAAUCUCCUAGGGGCCAUAGUCAGCAGGCAGGAGGCGGACAAACAGGCUUCUCCAAUGCCCAGUGGCGAGGUUGGUUUCGCUACAAUGACGUCCAAGGAAGUUAUUGGGCAGCAGCAGGUAAUGGCAUUGUCUGUUACCAGACUUUCAUAAGACAUCAAGAUCUUGACAUCAAUGGAGCUAAAACAUUGAGUGUGUUCUGUUGCACUUCUACUUAAAGGAGUACUCCAAAGUUGAAACCUAAAAAUAAAUUCUACUGUCCUAUUUCUCCAGCAGAGAGUCCUCUCUUGCCAUUACUCCGUUGCGGGCUUACUGUCAAUGACAACAAUCUCCCCUCUCUGUCUGGACAAAGUUGGUGCAUAGGCAGCGAUUGCCGCAUGUGCUCCAUUCAGAUGAGGCUAUUGCCCAAAAGAAUGCUUUUCAUAGGGAAGCAUUAGUCUAAUGCUUCUCUAUGGAAGCCCUCACAUCCGCUUUAGUGAUCGUUCAAGUGGAGUGAAUCAGAAAGUCUCCUGGCUGUCAGUUAGACUGCAAGAGGAUGUUCCUAAAUUAAUUCCUAGAAGAAUUUAAGAAUCAGGGGCAUGCAGUUAACACAUAAAGCACUUUAGCAAGCUGAAUGCUUUAGGAAUCCUUUAGGUAGGAAGAAUUUUCAUGAAGUUUUUUUUUUCCACUUGCAUAUCUGUGUGCUAUACUGAGGCAGCAAGUUGUUCAAGAAUAGCUUGAGGAACAUGACAAAGCGUUCAAGGUGUUGCCUUGGACUUAAAAAUCCUAAGAUCUCAAUUCGAUUGAGCAUCUGAGGGAUGUGCUGGAACAACAAAUUCGAUCCCCAACACAUAUCUUUCAAGACUUAAAGGAUCUUGGUGCCAGAGGUCUUGUGGAGUCCAUGCCUGAAUGCAUCAGAACUGUUUUGGCAGUUUAAGGGAGAUCUAUGUGAUACUAGGCAGGUGGUUUUAAUUUUCUGGCUGAUCAGUGUAUAUAUAAGAAGACGCAUUUUACUUUUUGACUUUGUAACAAAAAACUAUUGCAUAGGAUGACAUGUUCGCUUCCAUGAGACAACUUAACACUAGCAAACACUAAAUGCAUCUAAAAGCCCUUCACAUUCAUUCAGUUAACAUGUCCUGUUCUUCAACACUGUAUAUCCAAAUAAAUAGUAGAAAACAAAGAUAAGGUUGCUUUAAACAAAGAUAUACUCAGAGAAAGUAAAUACAACUCGUGCUUUAAACAAACGUCACCAUUAAAACCUCCACACCUGUGCAGCCAAGAAAAGCAGGUUAGUCGGUGUUCAUUUAGCAACAAUCUAAGGGUAAACAGAGUGUACUGCAGGUGUGUUUCCAAGAAAGAUUACAGUGUUAGAACAAUUACAAUACAAACCAAUAUAAAACACAAAAUAAUUUGUAAAUAGAAAAUGAAAAGUUAGGGUUCUUUAAAACCAACUCUCUUUAGGUUAGGUGGUUUGAAUUUGGUUUCAAAACUAAUGUAAAGUAAUUGGUAGCAUUUUUUAUUUUAUUUUUCCAGCUUACUUACAACAGAAUUAGGAGAAGAAGAAAAAAAUAGUGUAGAGCCUAUAAGGGAAAAAAAAGAUGAGAAUUAGGGGGAACUUAUGGGAAAAAUGAUGAUUCUCCCAGGGAAUUCACCCCAGGUACCAGAUUUCCCAUUUCCUCUUCUUCGUUUAUAUGGUUAGAGCAAAUAUGUAAUUUAAAAAAAAUUAUUAAAAUUCUUUCAGUCUAUAUAUUUUCAGACUAUUGUUGUGCUAAUGCAGUGUCUGUUUUAUGCUAUGGCAUAAAGGCAUUGGUGAAGGCACAAUUGGAAUCUUAAUUAGAUUCAACUGCUUAAGGGGACACUAGGGCAUCCAGACCACUUCAGCUCAUUGAAGUGGUCUGGGUGCAGUGUCCCAGGUCCCUUAGCCCUGCAAUAGUAAUUAUUGCAGUUAUUGAGAAACAGCAAUAAUUACAAUCCAGGGUUAACUCCACCUCUAGUGGCUGUCUACCACACAGCCACUAGAGGGACUUCCGGGUCUUUAGGCAACUUUUGUUCACCUAACUGAUACUGGACGUCUUCAUGCAUGUGGACAUCUAGUGUCACCCAACACCCUAUAGGAAAGCAUUAUACAAUAUACAAUUAUACACUGCUUUCCCAUGGGGCUAUCCUAAUGCACUCACAGAGCUCGCCGCGCAUGCGCAUUAGGUACCCGACAUCGGGGAAUGAGGAGCCAACGGAGCCUGACCCAGAGCCAACGGAUAUCGGCGCUGGAUUCAGGUAAGUUCCAAAGGGUUUCAGCACUGCGGUGGGAGCUAUAGUGCCAGGAAAUACAAGUUUGUAUACCUAGCCUAUAGUUUCCCUUUAAGCUAUACGUCUUUUUCCACUACUUGUCUUUUCACAACUUAGGUUGGCCACAGCCUGAACUUAGUCAGUUUGACCUUUCAAAGAGUUUAAACAGAAGGUGCAACCAGUCACCAUUUUCAAUGCAAGAAGAGAUUAAAAAAAAAAUCCUUAAAGGGGAACUGUCAUGUUUUGAGUUAUACUCAACAUAAUACUAAUCCAGCGCCCCCAUUUUUUCAGUUUCGUUGGUGGCAGCGAGCUCAUCUUCACCUUUAUCAAGAUCUAUAACGUAAACUAACUUGGAACUAACAAUGUUAGCAGACUGAACGAUUUUGUUAUUAAAGGAAUAUGGCUUCAAAGCAAAGUGUCAAGUCUGAAAUUAGCCGUGAUUACACUCUAAUUAGAUGUAGAGUCCACAAGUGAUUUAUUGCUUUGAACCUUGGCUAGAAAGGCCAUUUGUAUGUUCACUUCCCGGUGACAAGAAAAAAAAUCCGUACCCAACAAUUACAACAAGGGUUGUUCUUCAGUCACAUGUUAGCACUAGGCGCCUUGAUUUAUAAAUUACACUACUUUCUCAUAUACAUUUUUAUAAUAUUUUCUUCAAAACAGUUUAAAAGAAUACAGCAAGCACCAUAACCACUACAGCCUGAAGUAGUGGUUAUCGAGUCAGGAGUGCGAUGGUGCUACCCCACGGCAAGCAUUUAAAAUAUUUCAGAUGAUUUGACAACUUAACUGGGUCCUGCCAGCUGUAGCUGAUAUGGUGAUUGGAAUGUUUCUUUAAUGUGUUUAGUUCUAUAACAGCAGUGAUCGGCAACAUGUAUCCGUUAAAUUAUUCUAAACCUCCACUUCCAUGACCCUUAGUCAGCUACUGGCUCUUCAGUUUGAAUCGGUACUUAUUCAAUAAUAAAUUUACUGUUUACGAAGACGUUCUUGAGCAGGAAGGCAUGAAAGACAGUAAGUUAACAAUUUCUCCUACAAAUAUAUUGGUACUAAUCAUGUGUUUUAUUUAUCCCUUAGUGUGUUCCCGAUACUCCCUAAGAAACAGAAGAGCCACUUGAUUGUGAAUGAUCUGCUGGUUCACAAUGCAAUACCCAGAAAGAAACCAUCUUGAGUUUUUUUUCUAACAUGUACCAUUAUGGUUUGAGGCCACAAAAUUAUUAUACAAUAAUGUUUCUCGCUCCAAAUUCUCGUGUACCUUACUCAUCUAGUGGCUAUACAGAUGUAUCCACUGGCUUUGCAUUCCCUUCAAUACAAAUGCACAAUUUCAGUAGCCGGCCCUCUGCUUUUAUGGGCAAUGAGGUGUAUUAUCCAGAGUCCUUUCCAAAUGGACGUGUAGAAUAUCACCAUUUUUAUGGUGCUAACCCUUUCCAUAAUGCUCACAACUGGUAUUAUCCCAGUUACAAUUCUGGACCAAUGUACAAUCCAUUUCCAAACUACCCUAAACCCCAAACCUAUCCAAGACCAGUUGUUGAGGCAUGGCCAGAGGGAUUCACCUUGAAGGGAGAGCUUCACUGGGGUAAACUGGAGAGAUUUUUUGGUGUUAAACGUAACCUUCCAGAAUUUGUAAAGGAUGACCUUCGUAGAGUUUAUGGAACUUAUCCAAGGACAUUUGUUGCCAUUACUUACCAAAAUGGAGAGUACCUCGUUAAAGGUGACCCCAAGGUUGGUGAACAGGAAUACACGGUUGAAAAGAAAGUAAUUCGAAGGCAACCUACACCGACAGAUUCAGAGGAUGAGGAGAUAAAUGAGGGCAAGCAAAGCAGACGGAAAAGAAAAUCUAGAAGAUAAAAACAUUCAAGUUACAAGAAUAAUUUUUUAGGGAAGGGAAUUCUAGGCCUGAUCUGAUGACUUUUAUACUGAAAAUACUAAAUGUUAAAGCUAUACAAAUACUGAUGUCAUGGGUGCUCUUUUGCAGAUGUGUAUUAUGAAGAAAUAUAAUCAAGCCAUGCCUACAAUAUACAUAUUUAUGGACACUAAAUUACAUGAAGUCACUAUGUUUUAUCAUAAGUUUGUCUUUGAAAGAAAUGUAUCCAAGAUUCAAUGAUGGUUUCCUUCAAAUGUUCUAGAGUUUUGAUUGUUUUGCAUAUAUAAGAUGAAAUACAUUUAUCAAACAUUCUGAAAAAGAAGAAACUGUUCAUAAAGUGUUUAACAUUGAUUGCAUUUUUAGAAAUCUAUUUCCAUGUUUUGAAAGAUUUUCAUAAACGGUGUCUCCAACCCUUUUUAGGCUAUACUUUAAGUUUGGAAUAUCCCCAUUAACAGAAAAUACCUCACAGUCUGUGAAAAGGGGUAAAUAUUUGUAGUAAGAAUAUCUACUAUUACUGAUUUAGAGGAGAAAAUUACAAAAUUGUAUCCCUGUCUAAUAACUGACCCUUCUUCCCUCCAAUUUUGAAGCAGUCUUAAAGCAAGACUGAAUAUGUUGAUGAACAUGUUUGUGUUUAGAUAUUGUGUGGAUGUGUGUGUUGGCUAUUUAUAAAUUUAUUCAAAGCUACUAUUCAUCUAUAAGUAUUAUGAACGCUAUUUCACUCUAUAUUUAAGCUGUUAUGGUUUAUAAAACUGAUAAAAGAUACAGUAUGGUGAAGUAUAUAAUAUGGGGAGAAGAAUUCUAAAAGCUGCUUUGGAGACAGUAUAAAACAUCACACUCCUAAUGCACAUUUCAGUGUUAUAUAUCUUUUAUACUACAUGUUUCAUCAACCUAUAUGCCCAGGCCUGCCUAAGAUUAGUUUCAAUUGCAUUUCCAAGCAGAAGCUACUACCUGAGAACAUUUCAGCCCCUCUCCUAAUAAUGGUAUACAGUACAAAGAUCUGGGGAGACAGUUUAAUUCUGUCUCCCUGAUUCCACUCCUGCUAUAUUAUCGGUAGAUGAGAUGAAUUAAGGAGACCAGAUCUAAAUACCGGUAGCAGCUACUGCCCAGGAGUGUAACUACCACUAAUCACAGGCAGACUUGGAGAUAUAUGUCCUGGUGCUGCCCCGAGGUAAGGGGCCCUAUAAUACUGUGUCCAUUACAGUGUGAAUUAUGUUUUUUAACACAUGGUGUGACAUCAUGCACGGUCAGUGCAGGAUUUAGUGUUGAAAUAACAGGCAGGCAGGCAGGAAAAUAUUGCAAACUUGCAAAUGGUUUAAAAUGUGAGAUUUCACUGAGCUGUUUCUCUGACAAGGAAUUUUCACUGGCCUUUGGCCUUAGAAAAGUAAGAAAAACGUUUUUAAUUCCAGCAUAAAAAUACUUUAAACAGGGAAGAAAAUGUGUCUGAACCAACACCAACUAAUGCAUUUCAUACUUAAAGGACCACUAUAGGCACCCAGACCACUUCAGCUUAAUGAGGUGGUCUGGGUGCCAGUUUCCCCUAGUUUUAACCCUGCGGCUGAAAACAUUGCAGUUUCAGAAAAACUGCCAUGUUUACACUGCAGGGUUGAUCCAGCCUCUAGUGGCUGUCUCCCUGACAGCCACUAGAGGCCGCUUCCACAAUUCUCACUGUGAAAAUC